UAUAAAAGACAGUUCUCCUGUGAGUUGUACAUCAUCAGGAGUCCAGACUGAAGAAAGACACAGUGUGAGCCAUAAACUGUCUACAGCCAACAACUAUGAAUUCAGCUGUCAUCGCCUUUCUCGCCAGCCUGCUUGUCCUCUGUGCACAAGGACAACGGGACCCUUCCAGUAAGUGCAAGUGUUACAGUUUUAUUGGCAGGAUCAGUCCGAAGCUCAUCAAGGGAGAGCCAGUCAUACACAGCCCAAGUAACUUCUGUCCACAUACAGAGAUUAUUAUUACAACAACAGCAGAUAUGAAAAAAUGUGUUAAUCCAAAGUCACCACUCGGACAACUCAUUCUGAAAAACAAAGAAAAGCAGGAGAAGAAUGGAGCUGGGAGCAUGACAAAGAUGACAACAACAACGGCUUCCAGUCAGACUCAUACAACGAGACUCCAUCAGACAUCCAAGCUUUAAGACUCCACCACUGCACUGCAGAUGAUACACUGGAACUGAAACACUGCUGUUAUAAUAGAAGGAGCUGAUCAUGAUCACUGCCUCUGACAUGUAAAUAAGUGUAUAUAAAUGAUCAAAAUGUUCUCAGGGGCCAGUCCUCUGUUCCUGCCCUACUAACUUAAAUUGUCUUCAUGUAUGUAUAUCAUGUAAAUAAUCUGUAUAUAUUUUUUAAAUAUUUAAAAUAAAUCACAUCUGAUUGGA